AUGGUUGAGGCACUGGAGCUGCUUGUCAAAACAAGACAGACGUGUGGUGUUCUACAGGAAAACCCUUAUUUGUUCGCCAGGCCAGCCUCAAUGUUCCAUCAGCGUGGCAGCUGCAUUGGUGUUUUUGCAAAGGCUUGUGGGGCAAAGAAUCCUGGUGCUAUUUCCUCCACAAAGUUGAGAAAACAUGCAGCAACAUUGUCUACAGUCCUUAAUAUGAAUGAAAAUGAAAUGGACCAGCUUGCUAACUUUCUUGGCCAUGACCUUUAUGUCCACCGCCAAUACUAUCGUCUCCCGGAAGGGACACUACAGCUUGCUAAAAUUAGCAAAGUGCUGAUGUCAUUGGAGCAAGGAAGACUCGUGGAAUUCAAGGGGAAGAAUCUAGAUGAGAUCGAAAUAGAUCCAAAUGAGGUAGUCCAGGGUAUUGAAGAUGAAAUGGAGAAGGACAUGGAGUCACAGCUGAUUCAUUGCAAUGAACUCAACACCAACAAGGAGAGACCCAUAAGGUCACAAUCAACAGAUAAUACUUUGUGUGGAAAGGAGAACUUGGACACGGACAAGCGAGGAAAUGAAAAGUCACAACAAACAGGACCCAGAAGCAGAGCUCAGAAGAAGAAGUGGGAGAAAAAUGAGGUGGAGGCAGUCCAAAGGCAUUUGGGUGGAUUCAUCAAAUCCCUACGUGUCCCAGGAAAACAAGACUGUGAAAAAUGCAUACAGGCGGAACCAGACGUUCUCAAAACCCGUGACUGGCGAGCCGUAAAGUAUUUCGCCAACAACAAAAUUGUUGCGCUGAAACGAAAGCUUUAA